UUCGGUAUAUAGCACGUCGAUACAUACAUUCAGGUUCGUUAUAGGUAGAGUGUUUAAAAGAAGAACAUUUACUUGAUUAAAUACAUUUUCAUAACCGCACUUAAACGAUAAAUCAAUUGAAGUGAUCAGUGACGUUGAUACAUUUACCUUGUGAUAUAAAACAGGCGUUAUUGUUGGUAAGCUUGUUUAGUGGAGAUAUUAUUGGAGCUUAUUUGUUUAUCAACUAGAGUAAGCAACUGGGUACUGGACGGGUUAUUUCAACAGAUAAACACGGAAUUGAAAUUGUGUUAAACAUGCACAGAAAACUAUCACUCAAUUUAUUAAUCGUUUCAACUUUCGUCCACGUUGCAUUUGUCAACACAGCAACAACACCUACUUUGCAAACAAAUACAACCGCAACACUGUCACUGGAAGCGAUGCCAGCAUCGUCAUCAACAAUACCAGAUUCAACGCCACCAGCAUUGUCAGCAAUAACAUCAGACCAAACGCUACCAGCGUCGUCAGCCACAACAGAAUCGAAUACAUCAGCUUCGUUAGAAACGAUAUCAGAAUCGACAUCAGCGUCGUUAACAUCAAUAUCAGAAUUGACAUCAGCGUCGUUAGAAUCCACAUCACAAUCAGCGUCGUUAGAAAAUACAUCACAAUCGACAUCAGUGUCGUUAGCAUCCACAUCCGAUAUGACAUCAGCGUCGUUAGCAACCACAUCCGAUUUGAAAUCAGAGUCGCUAGCACCCACAUCAGUAUCGACAUCGGCGUCGUUUGAAAAUACAUCGGUUUUGACAUCAGUUUCGUUAGCAACCACAUCAGAAUCGACAUCAUUAGUGCAAUCAUCAGCCGCGUCAGAAUCGACAUCAGCUUCGUUACCAACCACAUCAGAAUUGACAUCAGCUUUGUUAGCAACCACAUCAGCAUCGCCAUCAGCUUCGUUAGCAACCACAUCAGAAUCGCCAUCAGCGUCGUCAGCCACAACAGAAUCGAAUACAUCAGCUUCGUUAGAAACGAUAUCAGAAUCGACAUCAGCGUCGUUAACAUCAAUAUCAGAAUCGACAUCAGCGUCGUUAGAAUCCACAUCACAAUCAGCGUCGUUAGAAAAUACAUCACAAUCGACAUCAGUGUCGUUAGCAUCCACAUCCGAUAUGACAUCAGCGUCGUUAGCAACCACAUCCGAUUUGAAAUCAGAGUCGCUAGCACCCACAUCAGUAUCGACAUCGGCGUCGUUUGAAAAUACAUCGGUAUUGACAUCAGUUUCGUUAGCAACCACAUCAGAAUCGACAACAUUAGUACAAUCAUCAGCCACGUCAGAAUCGACAUCAGCUUCGUUACCAACCACAUCAGAAUUGACAUCAGCUUCGUUAGCAACCACAUUAGAAUCGCCAUCAGCUUCGUUAGCAACCACAUCAGAAUCGCCAUCAGCGUCGUUAGCAAUAACAUCCGAAUCUACAUUAGCGCAGUCAGCAACCACAUCAGAAUUGACAUCAACGUCGUUAGCAAGCGAAUUUGAAUCGACAUCAGCGCAAUCAGAAGCCACACCAGAAUCUACAUCAGUGUCGUUAACAAUUACAGCGGACUCGCAAACAUCAGCAUCUUUAGCCAAUACAUCGGGAUCCACAUCAGUGUCAUUAGUAACCACAUCAGAAUCGACAUCGGCGUAUUCAGCAACAACAUCGACGAUAACAGAUUCCCUUACAAUCAUAUCAGAAUUGACGACAACAGCAACAUCACCAGCAACACAUGCCUCUUCAACAACCACACAUGAGACACAAGCGACAACGACUCCGUCAGAUUCUAUGCCACCGAAUUGUACUACGGGAUUCGAUAUACAGAACGUUACACAUAACCAGGUGAUAUUUAGUGUGACCAAUAUAACGGAUGACCACACAUUCGAGUUUUAUGUAAUAAACACGCACAGUAACGGAACAACAAACAGCACGAAUGGAAACUGUGAUCUUACGAUACAAUAUUGUUAUGUCAGCAAAAACACAACUGUUGCAGUCAAUGGACUUCUGUCGGGAACACUCUAUACUUUUUCAUUUAGAACGGCUAAAAAGGAAAUAGACGAUACAUUCUUGGUUAGCAGUGGGAUUUGCGAGAAUGUCAGCUUUCACACAGUUCCAUCAACACCGACGAACGUAUCUGUUCCGAUGGGUUUUAUCUUUGAAACCAAUUUUACAGUCAACGUUCACAUGUUAGACGAUCGUUUCAGUCAUCUGGAAAUUUUUGCUUGUACAGAAAGCUGUAUCAUAAUUAUAUCCAAUAAAACAGGAGAUUACGAAAAUAUUUCUCUCGUUGUGGAUAAACUUAGGGGUGCAACUAACUAUUCCAUCAGAGUAACAGCUGUACUGGACAACUUUACAAAAAGCAAAGAGUCUGAACCAAUUUACUCCAUAACAGCCCCAUUACCACCAAACGCGACUUUGGAAGCUUCUCAAAAUAGCUCCAUAGAACUUAUGCUGACAACUGACGCGGAUGCUUCGUUUGACGGGUAUCUUAUACGAUAUAACAAUGCCACUGAACGACACGUGAUGCGUGAGAAUCGAACGUCGGCUUUAAUAGAAAAUCUUCAUCCUGGAACUAGAUACACAUUCAGAGUAUUUACAGUGUUAUCGUCCAUAACAAGUGAACGAUAUGCUACUGUCAACACUUUUACUCGACCAUCGCCUGUUUUAACAGAGACCGUGAACAUCACAUUAAUUACAAACAGCUCGAUUCAUUUAGUGUGGGAUUCUGUAAUUCCCGAAGAUGCUGGCGGUUAUGACGUCAGCUGCAACUGCAGCAGCCCAAAUACAAACAAAUUAACAACACCAACAUCAUCGUCUUCCUUACCGUCGGCAUCUUGUACUGGACUAGACCCAGGCACAUUCUGCACUAUCUAUAUUCAAACUUAUAUCAUGAAUUACGAACAUGGAAAUCUUACUGGAGAAAAUAUGUUUAUACACUUGCAAAAUAGCACAAGCGAAGAAGCACCAGGGAUUGUCUCUUAUGCGAAUGUGUCUGAUUUCAAUUCGACAUCAGUAACAUUAAGUUGGCAAAUUCCCGAGUUAAGAAACGGUAUUAUACGUCAGUAUGUUUCUGUUAUUAAGACAGAAGACACUCCGUUUGUAUUUGCGACUCUGUGGCAAUGCAUCGACUGUUCAGGAUCACAAACAAUUUUGCAGGAUGUUCUUAUCAGCAAAACAGUCGAGUUCAACAAAUCCCGUACAUCUUUCUCUGAUAACGUUACGGGCUUGCACCCAUUUAGAAACUACACGUAUACGAUUUUAGCUUAUACAGUCAAAGAAGGACCGGGGGUUAUACAUAUAUUCCAAACAAUGGAAGAUAUUCCAGGGAAACCAGUUAAUGUGAGUUCCGUUGACAUAGGCAAAAAUUCAAUUGUACUUACAUGGAAGCCGCCGAUUGAAAGAAAUGGAAUAGUGUUGAAAUACACAAUCACGUACAUGUUCAAAGAGCGUGUUUGUCGUGGUUUAGGUGGCUACACGUCAAAAUAUUUACCCGUUAACAGCACAUCAUAUACUAUGAUGGACAGUAUUUACCCACACUGGAAUUACAGUAUAUGGAUCAACGCUUCUAACAGCGUUGGUACCGGGAACGUUUCUGACACCGUUGAUAUUUCGACUAUAGAAGAGAGGCCUAGUAGUGAUAUCGACAGCAUUUCAAGCGCCAUGGUAACGUCAAACAAUGCAACAAUAAACUGGUCGGAUCCUUGUUAUAUGAAUGGAAUAUUAACCGCUUACUUUGUGGAAUUGAACAACACGGCAGGUGAAAGUCAAGGUUUUGAAGAGUGGAAAAUAGAUCAAAGAAACAUAGUUUUGGACGGACUUUUGCCAUUCAGAAACUAUUCCGUCCGCGUAAAAGCAGCCAACUCGGCGGGGAACGGAACUUACAAUGCUUCGCACCGAUUUCAAACCGAUAUAGACGUUCCCGAUUCACCAUCUGAUGUAACGACAGGUAAUGUCACAUGUUGUUCGAUUGAGGUUAGGUGGAAAAGAGCGUUAAACUUCACGGGGCCAACACAGUACACGGUUGUAGCGACGGACUAUCACAAUACAUCCAUUGAGUUUAUCAAUACAACACAUGUUGGAUGGUGGACAGAUGAACUCGCCGAUACGAGUGUGGUGCUUGGCCUUGAUCAGUUUUGGAGCUAUUCAAUAAAGGUGAUUGCUGAAACAGCGUAUGGCAACCUAAAUUAUAGACACAAUUCUACUCCUGUUAUAAUCAAAACCGCAGAAGAUCGUCCAGGAAAGGUGCAGAAUCUAAAUGUAACAGCGGAAAAGGAUCUUCAGAAGCCAAGAAAAUUGUACGUGUCAUGGGAUCCACCAAUUGAAAGAGACCGUAACGGAAUCAUUGUUCACUAUAAAAUAUACUGCACGAAUGGGAACCAAACCAUUGUUACCGAACCCAGUAAUCGUUCACUGAUAAUACCUCUAUCUAUAGACAGCUUUACGAAUGUAACGGUUCAGGUUCGGGCAGAGACAAGCGUAGGUUUGGGAGAACACGAAGAAUCGACAGUUGAAGUGGACCCUGGAAGUAAAGGUAUGAUUUCAGCUCCCAAUCUCAUGCCUGCAAUUGUUGGUGGUGUUGCUGCAGCUGUUGUGGUUAUUGUCAUUGUUGCUGUUUUUGUGUACACAAAGCGAACCAAAAGAGUGUGUUUUUCUGCUAAUUCGAAGACAGUGGAAUCAGCUCGAAUUGUGAACGAAAUAGAAAUAUCUGAGUUAGCUACCGAGUAUGUCUUCAAGACGGGUACAAUAUCAUUGGCCGCAUUCCCCGAUCAGGUGGACAAAAUGCAUAAAGACAGUAAUCUACUUUUCGCAGAUGCAUUUAAGAUGUUGAAAGACAAGAGUCCUGCCUAUCCGUCAACGGCGGCUGAAACCCAGCAGUGCAGACCCAAGAACCGUUACACGAACAUAAUGCCGUUUGACCAUUCCCGGGUGAAGCUUCUUGCUGUGGAUGACGUCGAAGGAUCAGACUUUAUCAAUGCAAAUUUUAUCCCUGGAUAUACAUCGCCCCGAGAAUACAUAGCGACUCAGGGUCCAAUGCAGAUGACAUUCGAUGACUUUUGGCGCAUGGUCUGGGAACAGAGUGUGGACACGAUUGUCAUGCUGACAAAACUGGCGGAGAAGGGACGAAACAAAUGUGAUCAAUAUUGGCCGACCUUGAACGAGCCAGUGUUUUACGGUGACAUUGUUGUAUCCAUCAAAUCCGAGUCGAACCUUCCCGACUAUACCCUGCGGAUUUUCGAAAUCAAACCUUCGAAAGGACCUAGCCGAAUUGUGAAGCAUUUCUUGUAUCUGAAAUGGCCGGACAUGGGUUGCCCUGACGACCCUCAGAUGCUGCUGGAUUUUGUCAAGUCUGUCCGGGAUCACACGCAAAGACCUGAUAGGACAAAUCCAACUGUGGUACACUGCAGUGCUGGAGUUGGAAGAACCGGGACGUUUAUAGCCGUAGAUCAUCUUCUGCAGCACAUUCGUGACCAUGAAGACGUCGAUAUCUUCCAACUUGUCCUGGAUAUGCGCAAACAUCGGUGUAACAUGGUGCAGACUGAGGACCAGUUUAUCUAUAUCUAUGAAUGUCUGAAGACUUUUAUCACCAACGAUGAAGAUCAAGCGGAGCCGUUAUAUCAAAAUUCAGAAUUUGGUGCGGACAAUAUCUACGAAAAUGCUGGCUUUCAGACUGACCUAUAAUUGAUAAUUUUAUAUAGGUAAAUAGAAAGCACACAUGGAAAUAACAAAGUUGAUCAUGGCAGUAGUGUCAGUAUGUAUAAGGUAAUUUUUAGGCAAUAUCCACCACAGAUUUCAAUCAAAGUACAAAUUAAGGUGUAUCAAAUGGUUUAUUUUUCUAGAAUCUGUUAUAAAGAAAAUACGCAUAUCUCUUUCUUUUACGUAUGAAAUGACUUUAAAAUACGUUAUAGACCGUUUUUGAAGCUGACUGACUCAUUUUCAGGAGUCUUCGAAAUUAAAGAGCUCAAACAAAAAUACAAUACACCUAUAAAAUACUAUUUUCUGUGUUAAGAGGAUGCCCUAUAUUCUUAUGUUGUUUUUUUAUUUAAAUAACUAAUUGGUUAUUAAACAAAAAAACUUUUAGUUCUUCUGAUGUUGUGUAGCAAGUUAUAUCUAAUCAUUUUUAUUCAUGACCUUUCUGUUAUGUUGCUUUUUGAUACAUGAUCAGUUGAUGGAUCAAUUAGCAAUACACUUUUGCGACAUUGUUUUGGUAUAUGACAUACAUUUAAAAUGUGUAAACAUGCUUUUGUAUUGUCUAGUUUGUAUAGUUUUGAGCUUUGUCACUGUAUGUUACAUUCGUUAGCAUCAUGAUUUUAUUCGUUGUAUUUACACGGCGAUGCUUGCCGAGCCAUGUAAGCCUUUCAUAGACAAUUCGAAAUAAAUAAAGACAAAAAUCU